CACUGUUGUGCUUGCGGAGGUGGGCUGCGGGCGAAAAACUUUGGAUCAACUGACGUUGUUUCUUCGCAGCGGUGGGGCGUGUGGUGCCAAGACGUAUCCACCAAGGGGUUUGCUUUCUAGCAUUCUACGAGACAUGACACCGCCAGCAGCGUUGGUGCAUCUUGUAGGAAUUCCGGAUCCUUCACAGGCGCCUCGCAGCACGAUGCGUCUUCUUCGAUUUAUGUCCGCGAUGUUUCGUGCGUCUUCAGAAAAACCGGCGGAAGCCCCUCUUCUGACACGCGACGCGCCACAGCAGCGAAAACCGCAACGGGGUGAUACCACCAGCGUUUCAAUGUUGUGCCGCUCUGAUCUUCAGGAAUCGGAGGCGACGCCCGAGGCUGCAGACCCUGCUUCUCCCCGGAAACCGCAUCGUGCCUACCCUUGGGCGGGGGAGUUGUUUGUGGACCCCUCACAGUGUGCGCACCUGCUGCCGACUCGAGAAUCCGCCACCAACAUGCCCACAUGGGACUGGGGCACCGCUCGUCCGGAGCAGCCGUUUCGGGAUACUGUCAGGUCAAACUUGCCGCGCGCCCCAACAACCCCUCUGGAUGGUGCUCUCAGCGAGGGUUCAGUGCCGCGGGCGUCACGAGAACAGGCGCUUGUGAAUAGGACGACAACUCUGGACCGCACAAAUCGUGAACUCUCAGAGGCGUUAUCGGCGGCCAAGGCAGAAAUUAAACAUUUGCAAGGGUUGCAACAGACCUCUCAAGAGGCUUUACGAAAGAAACAGGACGCAAUCCUUUCUUUGACAGCAUCUAGCGAAAAGACGAUGAAAGAGAACGCAGAUUACGCGAAAUUAGUUCCAAGGCUUCUCCGCAAGGUAAAAGGACUCGAGCAGGAGCGGGACAAGUUGCAGCAAACUUCAAAGGAGUGGGAGAGCCAGACCAGCGAAAUGCAGGGAAUUAACCGGCGGUUGCGGGCCGAGCUGCAAAAGUUACAAAAAGAAAUGAAAUGUAUGGCCAAGAAGGAAACGCAGCGGCUUAGAGAACACGCCCUGAUUCGUAUUGGGACGGGUAAAGGGGCGAAAAGGAUUGCCCGAAGGGUCGGCGGGCUCACUUCCCCGAAGCGUGUUCACAGUGUGCCGGCAUCGCCGGUUUCAGACGCAAGCAGGCAAUCCAGAAGCAGUGGGGUGGCAAAAAAAGGAGAAAGUGGCUCAACACUUUUUGGUGCGAUUGAGGAGUUGCGACAGCGUAAUACAGCGCUGGAGGCCGAGAUAGAAAAGCUUCGAAGGAGACGACCCGUCGCGGAUGAUCAUGUAGAGGACGAUGCAAAGGGAGUAACGGUUGCGCGUGGCGAGCAGGGGGCGUUGUGUAGCAACUGCGAGACGAUGCGGAGACAUAUUCUUCGACUCACCGAAGAACUCGAUCGCAGCUACAAGGAGAACAAGAAGUUACGUUCUCUAGUAGCGGUUCCACCCGUUGUAUCGUCGCACACGCCAGCAACAGUGCGGGAUGACUUCGUGUCAGUGGUUGCUGCCUCCCUGAUGACCGGCUGCGAGUCGAUGUGUGCGCAGUUGAAGCACACUGAGGCGGAGUUCCGCCGCAAAGAAGAACAAGGCGCAAAAACUCUUUUUUCUGGCAGCGUUUUCCGCGAGCACAUGGAGGCCGUGGCGGCGCUGGAGACAGCAGUGCGGGACAUUAGUGGUCGCCGAUAUCGUGGGGCAGAGUGCUACGAAUCCAUUGUGCCGGCGAGCGCCACUGCCGCAGAUGCAGAGCACCUAUCAAGUCUGUUGUCAUUUGAGUUGGAGCGUGGGACCCAUUUGCGUGCGUUUGUACCAACCUUCGCUCAACUUUCUGUGGCGACGGAACACCUUAAAAUGCGUGUGUUUCCUUCCGAGAGUUGA